UAACUGCAGAUUCCACCACAACUGCACAACAAACCACAACUGUCAUGGUUGAAUCUACAACAACUGAGGAUUCCACUAUCAGUGAUGGGAUCACUACAACAGCAGAGCCAACCACAUCUGUAACUGCAAAUUCCACCAUAACUACACAACAUACCACAACUGUCAUACAUGAACCUUCAACAACUGCAGAUUCCACAAAAACUAUCAGUGAUGGGUUCACUACAACUGCACAACCAACCACAACUGUCAGUGUUGAAUCCAUAACAACGGGUGAACCAACCACAAUUGUUACUAGCAGAUCCUCUACAACUUCUCAGCCAACCACAACUUUCAGUAAUGUUUCCACUACAACAGUUGAACCAACAACAACUGUUACUGAAGGUGAAGCCACAAUUGCACAACCAACCACAACAGUAACAGAGGGGCCAACAACAACAAAAACUACACCUGCUACUGAAAAAUCCACAACAAUUGAACCAACUUCGACAGUCACUGGUGGAUUCACUAAAACUGCACAACCUACCACAACCAUCAUUGAGGGAUUCACAACAAUAGGUGAACCAACCACAACAGUCAUUAGUGGAUCAUCUACAACUGCUCAGGGUUUCACAACUGUCAAGGAUGGAUAUGCUGCAACUGCACAACCAAGUACAACUGCUCUCAGUAUGUCCUUUACCACUGCACAACCAACAACCACUAUGACUGAGGGAUUAACAACAACAGCUGAACCAAAUGUAGCUUUCACUUACAAAUCCACAAUGCCUGAGCCAUCCUCAACUGUCGCCAUUGUGUCCACUGCCACUGCUCCACCAACUACAAGUGUUACCACUGGAUCCACCAACACUACCCAAACAGCCACAACUUUUACCAAUGGACCUACAACCAUUGCACAAACAAUCACAACUGUCCCUGACCAACCCACAACUAUUAAACUGACCACAAUCUUCUCUGGUGGAUCGACUACAAUUGCUCAAACAACCACAACAGCUUUCAAUGGAUCCACAACCACAAUGACUGCUCAGUCAACAAUGGCGUACUCUGUUGGAUCCACAACAAUAACUCAACCAAUCAUGACUUCCAAUAGUGGAUCCACAAAAACAGGGGAACCAACCCCAACUGUCACCAGUGAAUCUAGUAUAACUGCUCUGCCACUCACAACUGUCACUACAACUACACAACCAACAACAGUCACUGGCCAGUCCACUACAACUGCACAGUUACCUCAAAAUGACACCAGUGGAUUCAAUUCAACUGCAAAGCCAACCACAACUGUCACCAGUGAAUCCACUACAACUUCACAAUUAACUUCCACUGUCACAAAUGGAUCUACUACAACUGCUCAGCCAGCUACAAGUGUGACUGGUGGAUCCAUCACAAGCGCACAACCAACUGUCACUGAACAUUCCACUACAACUGCACAAUUACUAAUCACAACAGUCAAUGGCGGAUCUACAGGACAAUUUGCCACAAUUAUCAUUGGAGGAUCCACAACAACCUCUCAACCAACUGCAACUUCAAGUACCAAAGCAAACAAUACCACCCUACCACAAACCACAUCAACUGCAAAUACCACAACAAUAAUAACCAGCACUACAAUAACCACCCCACCUGUAGUUGUAGGUCUACAAGUUACAAUACAACAAGUCUUUUUAGUAGCUUAUACCAACCCUCAAAGCACAGUAUUUAAGGAUUUAGCAGUCAGAAUUGUUGCGGAGGUAAGUAAUACAACCAUACUUGGUAUUUUUUGUGAUAGUAGUUCUUUGUUGUUUUCUAGGCAUUGUAGAAUAACAGUAUUAAAGGAAAAACAUUGAAGUAUAUUAUAUCAUUACUAUGAAUCGUUCUAUUUCAUAGAUAACUACAGUUCUCUUCUUACCUCACUUCUUACAGUUUGAUGUGAUUUACCGAACAAAAUAUGGAGUUAAAUUUGUCAGGACAAUUGUAGUUGCAUUCAGACAGGUAACUAUCACUCGGAUGGGUAACACUAAAGCAGAAAUUGAGCUGGUGUUCAAUGACACGUCAACUAUACCACAGACUACUGACAUUGUGAAUACACUAAAAGAGGCGGUUUCCAAUCCAAACUCUACAUUCAAUUUAACUCUGGAUACCAACUCUGUAACAGUUAUUCGAGCUCCAAAUAUGACCACUUCUACAACAGAAACUCCAAUCGUUACAACUGUCAUGGUUACCACCUCAGGUGCAGACACCACCGUGACCACAGCCACCACCUCUACAAACACUACUCCUGCAGCCACCACUGUUGAGACAUCUAUCACUUUGGCAACCAUAAUUGUGAACAAUGCAGCGAGCAGCAGAAAGAGCGACCUCUUCACAGCUGUCUGUUUCGUACUUCUGUCAUUGCUCGUGUCAAGACAACAAUUGUCUCCAGGAUGUUACACUUUUUGAACAAUGCAUAGUAAUCUACAAACAGUGUCAUGGAGAAGGGUCUUCAAAAAAAGUAAUUAUGGUGUAUGUGAAUGCUGAUGUGUUUCUCAAAUAUUCUGUCAUUUUGAGUAGAUGGGUAAAUAGUACAAUGCAUCAGUUGAUGAAUAAUAACAUCAGCAGAUGACACAUUUCGUUAACCUUACUACCUUGAGAUGAUCCUACAGUUUUGAGUGUGUGUCUCUGUAUGACAACGAUGCAUGAAGAGGGUAAACCAGGGCUUGGGAGGCUCGAAAAUUCCCAUUAAUACUAUGGAAGAAAAACUGUCAAUACAGCCAAUAUGCAAUCAUGACAAAUACUGCUCAACAAUCAGGUCCUAGUUAUCAUUUUCUAGUUAUGAUUUUUUGGUUUCAUUUCUUGUGUGAUUCUUCAAACAAGGAAAGCGAGCAUCACAAUACAACACUUAAAGUUGCUAUACUACAAUAAGGAUUAUUCUCUAUCGAAGAUAGCAGCUUUAGACAGUUUGAAUGUAUAUUGGUCAUGUGCCUCAUAAAUGUGACUAUUAACUAGAAUUGUAAUAGUAUAACAGAAUACAUAUUUAAUUUCCUUGUAUGCAUCUUAAGAUUUAGUUUAUGAAAUCAAAGUCCAUAUAAGAGGCAGAUGGGUCACUGGUUCACUGCUUAUAGAAAUGAGUGUUUAGAGUUCUGAAUGGAUAUGAAGUAAGCCAUUGACAAGUUUUAGUGAUCCACAGGGGCCAAGAACAUAGUAAGAACACAUUUAUAAACAUGUAAUGUAUGUUAA